UUCCCCCUCAAGCUAUCAGAGCAAACCUCUCUCUCUCUCUGUCAGCCAUGGAUCUCGUCUUCUUAGAAAAGGCCCUCCUUGCCACCUUCUUCUCCAUCAUCCUCGCUGCUCUCAUCUCCACCCUCCGCGGGAAGCGCUUCAAGCUUCCGCCGGGCCCGUUCCCCAUACCAGUCUUCGGCAACUGGCUCCAGGUGGGCGAUGAUCUCAACCACAGGAACCUCACUGACCUGGCUCACCGCUUCGGAGAGAUCUUCCUCCUCCGCAUGGGCCAGCGCAACCUCGUCGUCGUCUCCUCUCCCGAUCUCGCCAAAGAAGUCCUUCAUACUCAAGGCGUCGAGUUCGGCUCCCGCACUCGCAACGUAGUCUUCGACAUCUUCACAGACAAGGGCCAAGACAUGGUGUUCACCGUCUAUGGUGAGCACUGGCGCAAGAUGCGUCGGAUCAUGACCGUCCCAUUCUUCACGAACAAGGUUGUCCAGCAGUACCGUUACGGGUGGGAGGACGAGAUAUCGCGAGUGGUGGAGGAUGUAAGGAAGAAUCCAGAGGCGGCGACAGGAGGGAUAGUGCUGAGAAGGAGGCUGCAGCUAAUGAUGUACAACAACAUGUACAGGAUAAUGUUCGACCGGAGGUUCGAGAGCGAAGAAGAUCCGUUGUUCAUGAAGCUGAGGGUGUUGAAUGGGGAGAGGAGUAGGCUGGCUCAAAGCUUCGAAUAUAACUACGGAGAUUUCAUACCGAUUCUGAGGCCCUUCUUGAGAGGGUAUUUGAAGAUUUGCAAGGAUGUGAAAGAAAGGAGGUUGCAGUUGUUUAAGGACUAUUUCCUUGAGGAAAGGAAGAAGCUUGCAAGCACCAAAAUCUCUAGAAGCGAGUCAGGGCUAAAAUGUGCCAUUGAUCACAUCAUCGAGGCCCAGCAGAAGGGAGAAAUCAACGAAGAUAAUGUACUUUUCAUAGUGGAAAACAUCAACGUUGCUGCCAUCGAAACAACGCUGUGGUCGAUUGAGUGGGGCAUCGCUGAGCUCGUGAACCAUCCAGAGAUACAACAGAAGCUCCGGGUCGAGCUAGACACUGUACUCGGCCCAGGUGUCCAGAUCACUGAGCCUGACAUGCAUAAGCUCCCAUACCUCCAGGCGAUCAUCAAGGAGACACUGCGCCUCCGGAUGGCAAUCCCUCUGUUAGUCCCACACAUGAACCUCAACGAUGAAAAGCUCUCAGGCUAUGACAUCCCUGCCGAGAGCAAGAUCCUUGUUAACGCGUGGUGGCUCGCUAACAACCCGAAGCACUGGAAGAACCCUGAAGAGUUCCGGCCGGAGCGGUUCUUGGAGGAAGAAUCGAAGGUUGAAGCCAGCGGUAACGAUUUCCGUUACUUACCGUUCGGUGCAGGACGCAGGAGUUGCCCUGGAAUCAUACUUGCGCUGCCGAUCCUGGGCAUCACACUGGGAGGCCUGGUGCAGAACUUUGAACUGUUGCCGCCGCCUGGACAGCAAAAACUCGACGUGACUGAGAAAGGCGGGCAAUUCAGCCUCCACAUUUUCAAGCAUUCCACCAUUGUUGCAAAGCCUAGAGUGUUUUGAGUGCAACCAAGAUUAGUGUCUUGGUGUGUUUUUUUUUUUUUUUUUUUUUUUUUUUUUUUGUUAAAUUUCGUGAGGAAUGCUAAGUUCACUGCAACAGUUGCACACUUUUUGGCACACGUGUGCCAUAUUGAAGCCGCUCAUAGGGCUGGUCCAUCGUUUAGAUGCCAUAUGUCAAAAUUUAGGCGGAUUGGAUGAUCAGGUGGGCCAGGCGCUUGUGUUGAAUGUGGGUUGUUGGUUAGCUUCUGUUUGCCAUCCAUUCCAUUUCAACAUAUACCAUCAAUCUUAUCAGAUCACGUUAGAUAUCUGGGACAUUAAUGCAUCUGAUGUUGGGGCCCAUUAUAUGAGCGGCUAGAUCCUUAACGUGUUUGCCACGUUGGGAUGUGUGAGAGACGAGUGCCAAAAGGUGUACUUGAUUUCAGUGCCAUCAGCAUUCUUCACUUGUCUUGUUAAUCUGUGAGGAACGGUGGGGAUAAGACAGUAAAUGUGUGAUUUAAUAAGGGCAAACUACAGCUUUAUAAUAAGAUGCAGAAAUAUGCCACUAUGUAAAACUGCACAUG